AUGCCCAAGUGGGAAGAGAUCCGCGACGACCUCUUCCAGGCGUACAUGAACGCGACUGGUCCGAUUACCCCGGAGAUGCAGGCCUCGAUCGAGGAGUUCAUGCGAAAGCGCGGUCACGAUAUGAGGUGGAACGCCAUUAGCAACCUACCCCGUCCAUCUUUGCCAGAUCAACAACUCGAUCAUCCCAAUCUCAACACAACCAAUAUCUCCAACUCAGCCACCAUGUCUUCGCAGCGGUAUGCGCAGCGAAACUUGACCAGGUGGGAUCAAAAGACUCACGAGGACAUCAUGCUCGCCAUGUUUGAGCAUUUCCGUCCCACGGCGGCUGACAUGAAGGAGAUCGUCGACCUUCUUCAUCCCAAGGGGCACACCUUUACUGACGGCGCUCUUCUGUACGUUGAGAUGAACCCGAGAGGACCUCCACCUUCCGCUUCGUUUGCUCUCCCAUGGAAAUCAACCUACUCUCAGCCCUUCAAAAUGGAGGAGGAGGACGUCUUCUACGUGGCUAAGGCUUCCAGGCCCACCACCUGGGACCACGACGCUCAUCUGACGUUGCUCCAAGCCGUCAUGAUUGAGGCGCUUCCUUGCAAGUCACAGUGGGAUAAGAUUCUGAAGCGAGUCCAGGACAAGGGCUACUACUACACGCAGACCGCAGUUUUAAUGACCUGGAACCACAACGCCGACAAGCACCUCAUCGGCUGCGUCGUCGAAGAGAUCGUUCCCGGCCAGGAGACGUACAGGAAUCUUGCCGCUCGCAUGCAUGCUUUGGGAUACACCUGCACGCCCAAGGCCGUGAAGCAGCACCUUCAGAAGCUCCGGCGCAAAGAAGGCGUUUCCGCCGCCGCCGGCUCCGACAGCGGCGCUAACACCGCCACCCCGACCAAGGGCCGCAAGCGUGCCGCCCCCGGCAGUGGCGUCAAGAAGACUCCCGGAACUGGUCGCGGCAAAAAGGCCGCUGCUAAGACUGCUCCGCUCGUUAUCAACUCCGAUGAUGAGGAUGACAUCAAGGAGUCUCCGGAGAAGAAGCUGAAGACCGAGGAGAGAAAGGUUAAGGAGGAGUAUGAUGAUGGCAUCGACGACUACAUGUACCCUAAUGAGAUUUAA